AGCAACGCUGGGGAUUAUUCGCAUUCGCCUUGGGUAUACCGGAUCAUACUCUCGCAUCUCACCAGAUUGCCUCCCACAAAUCGCUUCCCAAGAUGGCCGACAGCAUGUGUGGCCCGUCCAACGGCGCCAAAAAUCUCCUGGCGCACAUCGACCGCGACCGCACCCAUCACCAGGAUCGCCUCGUUACCGCGCCCCAUGCCGGCGCAGGCAAUGCUUUCCGAUCGCAGACCCCCUUCGCGAAUGGCGCCGAGUCGGCCUUCGGAGGCUUCCAGCAGGGCGGCGCGCCCCUCGACGCCGCCUUCGGCCCCGGCCUGGACAUAAACAACGUCGUUGACGCCAGAGCUCACGGCCACCCCGUUCCCGGUGUCCCCUCGACGAUCGGCCACAUGGGCCCCGGCGCUCCCGCUGCUCGCCUGGCUUCUCCUGCUACCGGUGGUGCCUCCCACCAGGAGUGGGUCAACCAGUUCUCAAGCAUGCAGAUCGGCGGUGGUGCGGCCGGGCCCAGCACCGCCAUGCCUUCCCAGAUGCGUCCGACUGCUAUGGGCGCCUUGAACCCGGCCAUGAACGUGCAGCAGCCUGCGUUCGGCAUGCCCCUCUACGCCGGCGUCCCCCCUCCCCCUCCCGUCUUUGGUUUUCAGAACCCGGCCAUGAACCCAGUGGCUCAGCAUCAGCAGCAGCAACAGCAACAGCCCCAGGCUACGGUCUCCCAGGACUCGGCUCUUGACGUCGAGGCCUUUAACCGCGCGUUUGGCGAAUACGACGACGCCAACUUUGAGACGGAGUUGGCCGACUGGACCGAGAAGCAGAAGAUUGCCAACAACGAGUUCACCGAGGCGCAGGACAAGUGGAUGGCCGAGCACGGCCCGCGCGCCGAGCCGACCACCGAGGUCAAGCCGCCCUCGGCCGACGAGAUGGAGGUCAUCGACGCCAACCUGGAGAAGCUCGCGCAGGAGCAGGACAAGCGCCGGUCCGACGACGAGCUCGCGCGCGCCGCCGUCGACAUUGUCAACUCGGUCGCCGACAACACGUCCGAGAAGUUCAAGAACUCGCGCUUCUUCGAGCUCAUGCGCCGCAUCGGCAACCGCGAGGUCGUUGUCGAGGGCGACAGCUUCGUCAAUGCCGUCACCGGCGAGACAGUCAACACUUCGCACGACGACGACGACGACGACGAUGGCGGCGGUGCUAAUGGUCACCACGAAUCCGGAAAAGGCUCCGACUCGGCCACGCCUCAGAAGACGGACGGCGCUGCCGCUCAGGGUCAGGCGGCUUGAUCGUUACGAUCUUUCGCCCGCCACCUGGACUCCUAGGAUAACAGGGAAAUGUAACGACAGCUUUCCGGUCUUGGCUUUGAACCUGUACCAUGCAUCGUUACCGUCGUCACGUUCGCCGCGCACCUCGCCUAGGACUGCUGCUC